CAAAUAGACAUUUACUCGGAUAGAGCUUGUCGCGAAGAUUUUAUUUUCCUUCCAAAGGAUCUUGCUCGACCCGGCAUCUUAUCAAAGACCACCAGUUACCCUUUCGAGUUUAUAUCGAUUGAUAAGCCAUACGAAUCGUAUUCUGGUACGAGUGUUCGUCUCAGAUAUUUCCUUCGAGUAACCAUUUCCAGACGCCUUUCUGACAUCAUCAAGGAAAAAGAGAUAUACGUUCAAACACUUUCAAAACAUCUAGACUCUGAUUCAAGCAUUCAGAUGGAAGUUGGAAUUGAGAACAGCCUUCACAUAGAAUUUGAAUACAAUAAGUCAAAAUACCAUAUACAAGAUGUAAUAGUUGGUAAAAUAUACUUUGUUCUAGUUCGGAUAAAAAUAAGAUAUAUGGAAAUACAAAUACUCAAACGGGAAACCAUUGGAUAUGGGAAUUCUGCAUUUAGUGAUUACGAUACACUUGCCAAAUAUGAGAUAAUGGAUGGCGCUCCUGUACGGGGUGAAUCGAUACCCAUACGAAUUUUUCUCGGUUCCUAUUAUUUAACGCCAACUAUGCGUGAUAUCAAUAAGAAGUUCUCGGUCCGUUACUUUCUCAAUAUCGUUCUACUUGAUGAUGAAGAUAGGAGGUAUUACAAACAACAGGUGAGUGCUGAAUCAUUUAAGUACAAUUAUUUUUUAACUUCAUUGCUGUUUUAUCUUACAUACUUUCUGUGUUAUAAUGUUACGCUUAUCCUUUUACAGCGUAAUUCCAUAUUUAUAAUUUGCUUCAAUAACUGA